AUGUCCACAGACUACACCUCAAAAACAGUCCUCAUCACAGGCGCAGCCUCGGGCCUAGGCCUCUCCCUAACCCGCCACUUCCUCGCCGCAAACGCGACAGUCCUAGCCCUCGACAUCUCCGACGCCUCCCUCGCCUCUCUCCCCUCCAAAUUCGACGACGCCCCGGAUCUCCGUGCUCGUCUGCGCCCCGUGAAAGCAGACAUCACCGACCCGGCCUCCGUCUCCGCCGCAAUCUCUUCUUGGAUUGACGGGGGAGAAGACAGUGCGGUAGACAAAGGUAAACGACGCCUCGACGUCCUCGUCAACAACGCCGGCAUCUCGGACCUGAUGCACCCCAUGGCCGACUGUCCCAUAGCCAUGUGGGACCGCCAGAUCCUUGUCAACAUGACGGGCAGCUUCGUCACCUCGCAGCGCGCGAUCCAGCAGUUCCUGAAGCAGGAGCCCGUGGACGGGCAGAGGGGCGUGAUUUUGAAUGUUAUUAGUGCCGCGGGGGUUCACGGCGCGAGAGCAGGCGUCGCGUACACGGCCUCCAAACACGGCACAGUCGGCCUGACGCGAAGCACAGCAGCCUUUUACGGCCCAAAGGGCAUCCGGUGCCUGGCCAUCAUGCCCGGUCCCAUGAUGACGAACAUGGCCAGGGAUGAGGAACACAUCAAAGAGUUCCACCCCGAAGGCAUCGCCAUGGUGGUGUCGACUUUCAACACCUGCCAAGGUGAUCCUGCCAAGGGCGGUUGGGAUUUAGGAUGGUCGCCGCUGGAUCAGGUAUCAAAGACUGUGGUGAGCUUGUGUUCUGGUGGGAUGAACACCAUCAACGGCGCGCUUGUGCCGACUGACAUGGGUUGGACGUCGCUUUAA